AUGUCGGUCAGCGUGCACGAGACCCGCAAGUCGCGGAGCAGCACGGGCUCCAUGAACGUCACGCUCUUCCACAAGGCCUCGCACCCGGACUGCGUGCUGGCCCACCUCAACGCGCUGCGCCAGCGCCGCAUGUUCACCGACGUCACGCUGCGGGCGGGCGGGCGGGCCUUCCCCUGCCACCGCGCCGUGCUGGCCGCCUCCAGCCGCUACUUCGAGGCCAUGUUCAGCCACGGGCUGCGGGAGAGCCUGGACGACGCCGUCGACUUCCGGGACAACCUGCACCCGGAGGUGCUGGAGCUGCUGCUGGACUUCGCCUACUCGUCGCGCGUGGCCCUCAGCGAGGAGAACGCCGAGUCCCUGCUGGAGGCGGGCGACAUGCUGCAGUUCCACGACGUGCGGGACGCGGCCGCCGAGUUCCUGGAGAGGAACCUGUCGCCCGCCAACUGCCUGGGCACGGCGCUGCUGUCGGACGCGCACCAGUGCCGCCGGCUGCACGAGCUGGCCUGGCGCAUGUGCCUGGCCCACUUCGACACGGUGCAGCGCGGGGAGGACUUCGCCGGGCUGCCCAAGGACAAGCUGCUGGACCUCAUCUCCAGCGACGAGCUGGAGGCGGAGGACGAGGGGGCCGUGCUGGAGGCCGUGCUGCGGUGGGUGCGGCACGACCCCGACGGGCGGCGCCCCCACCUGCCCGAGCUGCUGCGGGGCGUGCGGCUCGCCCUGCUGCCCUCCGACCGCCUGGCCGAGGCCGCGGCCCGCGAGGCCCCGCUGCUGGCGGGCGAGGGCGCCCGGCGGGUGCUGGACGAGGCGCUGCGCUGCAAGCGCCGGAUCCUGCAGAACGACGGCGUGGUGACCAGCCCCUGCGCCCGUCCCCGCAAGGCGGGCCACACGCUGCUCAUCCUGGGCGGCCAGACCUUCAUGUGCGACAAGGUGUACCAGGUGGAUCACAAGGCCAAGGAGAUCAUCCCCAAGGCCGACCUGCCCAGCCCCCGCAAGGAGUUCAGCGCCUCGGCCAUCGGCUGCAAGGUGUACGUGACGGGCGGCCGGGGCUCCGAGAACGGCGUGUCCAAGGACGUGUGGGUGUACGACACGGUGCGCGAGGCGUGGUCCAAGGCGGCGCCCAUGCUCAUCGCCCGCUUCGGCCACGGCUCGGCCGAGCUGGAGAACCGGCUGUACGUGGUGGGCGGCCACACGUCGCUGGCGGGCGUCUUCCCCGCGUCCCCGUCCGCGUCCCUCAAGCAGGCGGAGCGGUACGACCCCGGGGCCAACAAGUGGAGCAUGGUGGCCCCGCUGCGGGACGGCGUGAGCAACGCGGCCGUGGUGAGCGCCAAGCUGAAGCUCUUCGUGUUCGGCGGCACCAGCAUCCACCGGGACAUGGCGUCCAAGGUGCAGUGCUACGACCCCGGCGAGGACCGCUGGGCCAUCAAGGCCGAGUGCCCGCAGCCCUGGCGGUACACGGCGGCCGCCGCGCUGGGCAGCCAGAUUUUCAUCAUGGGCGGCGACACCGAGUUCACGGCCGCCUCCGCCUACCGCUUCGACUGCGAGACCAACCAGUGGACGCGCGUCGGGGACAUGACGGCCAAGCGCAUGUCCUGCCACGCGCUGGCCUCGGGCAACAAGCUCUACGUGGUGGGCGGCUACUUCGGGACCCAGCGCUGCAAGACCCUGGACUGCUACGACCCCGCGGCCGACACGUGGAGCUGCGUCACCACCGUGCCCUACUCGCUUAUCCCCACGGCCUUCGUCAGCACCUGGAAGCACCUGCCCGCCUGA